CUUUCGGGUCACCGGAGGCCUGAGGUGGAAAGUUCACCGGUCAGAGUGCCUUGAGACCCUGGAAAAAGGGACCAUCACCUCAAGUUAAAAACCCCCUGCCAGCUCAAAAAAAGAAGAGUUCGAUUUAAAGUAGGGCUUUGGCCUCAUGACCCCAACCAAGCCCCGCCUCUUCCUGGUUGUCUUAGCGACGACGGUGGCGUCCCAAGAUGGCGUCGUGGCUGCCGGAGAUUCUGUUCGAAAUUGUAGGACAAGGCAAAGCGCCGAGCAAAGACCACUACCAGAUGUUGAUCACCCGCUCCCAGGUCAUCUUUAGAUGGUGGAAGAUUUCUCUAAGGAGUGGGUAUCAAUCAACAAAACCUGGAGAAGUAAAAGAAUCUCAUGAAGACUUCCGAGAGAAUUCACAUCUUCAGAGUCCUUUCUCCAGCCUUCUAUCUCAGCCUUGGACCUGCAGUUUCUCCUGCCUAGCCACCAUCUCUGACUCUGCUCCUCUGAUCAGUCACUCCCGGUCUUCAGCCUGGAUUCUUGGAGUUUCUGCAGACCUGGGGACAGUCUUUCAAAUUGCCUUGGUAUUCGGUGCAAGAAUAUUGGACUAUGUCUUCAAUUUGUGUGAAGGUAAAAUUGACUUCCUUGAGCGGCUCUCAGACAAUUUGCUCAUGAAUAUCAUUUCUUAUCUGGGCAUUGAAGAUAUUGCCAGCCUUUCUCUCACAUCACACAGAUUUUCAAAGCUGUGCACGUCUGACGAACUGUGGGAGCCAAUAAUUGAGGCCUCUAGUGAAAUCACCCCUGCCAUGAAGGCUCUGGCCCAGGACCAGGGUUGGAGACAAAAGUUCUUCAUUCGAAAGUUGCAUCUCCGCAAGAAGCAAAAUCAAAAAAGCCAGGCAGGCAGUCAAUGAUAGGGAUGUUGAGGCAUGGCUGCGUUUUUCUGCUGUGUCCAUAUCUCUUCUCUCUCCUUUCAUUGAAAACUAGGAGGCAUUGCUGGUUCAAGGAGUCAUCUGAAAAGCACAAAGUACUUACUCACAGAUGCAGCAAACCCCACUCUGCAGGGCCUUGCCUGAACCACAGUCCUUCCGGUGAAGGUGAAGGUGAAGGUGAAGGUGAAAUCAUGGCCUGCACAAGGGCUGAAAGACAGGAAGCCCACCAGCGAUGUCUUCCCCAGCCUCCAACACCCAAAGUAAAAAAGGCUGCUUCUGCAAUAAAUGGCUACCAGUGGAUUUUUUAUUACAUAUCUGUUUCAUCUAGGCAUUGGAAAAGGGAACCAAGCUUUUGAAUUCUUUGCUGAUGGUAUGUCAUCUGAAUCCAUUCAUGGAGCAGGGGCCAUGUGUCGCCAGAGGGGCAAUGGCCUGGGUGGCACUCCCGUGAGUGCCACUGUCUUCCCAACUCUGCUCCUUGUAGUUUGCAUUCAGGACCUGGCCCUGUGGGCCCGGGAUGCUGGGCAUCAUCUCGCCAUGCAGACAACCCCUGCCCUGGCCCUGGGGUAUGGCCAUGCAGACAACCCACGACCAGGCCAGGCAUGCUCCUUGCAGAUCUUGUCUAGAGCUCAGCCUCCCAGGACUUCACAUUGCCAAAUAAACCUAUAAAUAUUUCCUAGAGGGAUGUGUUUCCCAAAGGAUGUGGACAGUUACUACUCUUAUAACUGUGAUUUUUAAGAACACAAGCUGUGGGUAACUGUGUAAAAACCUGUGGUUUGUAUUCUUUUAACUUGGCAGAGGAGUAAAAACACUACAGUUUUAGGGGAGGGAAUGCCACCUUGCUGAGAUGGGUUAUUUAAAAAAUAGCUUUCUUCCUGUGCUCUCGUGAGGUUUAAGUCCCCCAGUGAACUCAUAGCAGUGGAUAAUCUCAUGACUCCUUUCAGGUUACAGAACAAAAUAGCUUUCAACCUCCCAUCACCUUUCUAACCUCAUUUCUUCAUUCCUGCAGCCUCCACUUUGCUACCUAGAAAACAAUGACAUAUAUAGCCCUCCACCCCACGUCCUCCAUGUCAGAGGGACUCCCCUGAUGCAGUGGGACCUCCCCAAUCGUGCAGAAGAGGUGAACUGCUGGCUGUCCUCCGCCUAGAUUCUUCUAGAAUGGUUUCAUAGCUAUGGCUUAGUGACAGAUAUUUUUUCUUUUUUCUUAAUCUUCACUCAAGGAUAUUUUUCCACUGAU